CGGGGACGGGGCGGGCGGAGUGUUGUAAAGCAGGCUGGUCUCGUAAGUGUAAAGGGAGUAACGUGGGGCCCUGGUGGCUGUUUAUGUUUACGUCAGAGACUGUUGUAAGUACGGUGAUUCACACACUUGUUUUCUUUUAUUUCAUCUCGCCCGCUAUUUAUUUGUAUCAAUGUGCCUCCCCCCCGAUGGGAAAGGGUUUGCGGUUUGGAAACCUGAGCAUUUCUGUGGUUCUUCUGCUCCUGCUGAAAGCGCUCACGGGGACAUCGUACAACUCGGCCGAGGGGAAGCCCGGAGCUGCCGCCGCUGCUGCCGGGGCGGAGGCCGGCGAAGAUGGUGGCAAUGCAAUGGAGAGAGGGCUGGAAAGUGUGUGGGCUGCAGCGGCUUUCGGGGAUGUGACUGUGGAAGACGACGAGAUCGCAGCUGCUGAGGAAGCGGGCGAUUCAACAGCGGAAUCAAGUGGGGACGGAAAGAUGAAAAGGUCUCUGGUGAUCAUCAGCACUUUAGAUGGGCGGAUAUCUGCCCUGGACCCAGAGAAUCAUGGCAGGAAGCAGUGGGACCUGGAUGUGGGCUCCGGGACGCUGGUCUCCUCAAGCCUCAGCAAGCCGGAGGUGUUUGGGAACAAGAUGAUCAUCCCCUCACUGGACGGGGCCCUGUUUCAAUGGGAUCGAGACCGGGAGAGCAUGGAGGCCGUGCCCUUCACUGUGGAGUCGCUCCUGGAGUCUUCCUACAGGCUGAGAGAAGACACUGUGCUGGUCGGAGGCAAAUCUCUCACUACUUACGGACUCGGAGCCUACAGCGGCAAGCUGCGAUAUAUCUGCUCUGCGGUGGGAUGCAGCCGCUGGGAUGAGGAGGAGUCAGAGCCUCAGGACGUGCUGCUUCUCCAGAGAACACAAAAGACUGUCCGUGCAGUGGGACCUCGCAGUGGCAAUGAGAAGUGGAACUUCAGUGUGGGACACUUUGAGCUGAAGUUCGUCCCUGAGGUUCAGCCCGGAGUGAACUUCCUGGAGGGAGACAGAGUGAAGAGGGACGACCCCACGGUGAUUCGGGAGGAGCAGGAGGACUCAGCGGCCGAGACCAAGGACGCAGUCAUCAAGGUGUCCGUGGCAGACUGGAAGGUCAUGGCUUUGACCAAGCGUGGGGGGCACCUGGAGUGGGAGCACCAGUUCUGCACACCCAUUGCAUCUGCCUGGCUGGUGAGGGAUGGCAAGGUGAUCCCCAUCAGCCUGUUUGACGACACCAGCUACACCACGCGCCCCGAGGUCCUGGAGGACGAGGAGGAUAUUGUGGAGGCUGCCCGGGGGGCCACGGAGUCCAGUGUCUAUCUUGGAAUGUUCCGAGGGCAGCUUUAUUUGCAGUCAUCCGUCCGCAUUUCAGAAAAAUUCCCAACAAAGUCCAACGCCCUGGACACUGAGACUGGCAUCAUCUCCCUUCCCACAGUGAAGUGGAAACCAUUGAUACACUCUCCGUCCAGGACUCCAGUGUUGGUGGGCUCGGAUGAGUUUGACAAGUGUCUGAACAAUGACAAGUUCUCCCACGAGGAGUACAGCAACGGAGCUCUCUCUGUCCUGCAGUAUCCCUAUGACAAUGGGUACUACUUCCCGUACAGCAGGCGUUACAGGGGCCGACGGGACACGCAGGUGAGCUUGCUGGAGCGCCAGGAGACCUCGCGGGCGGAGCUGCGCAGGAAGGACCCCGUGCUGCUGCUGCCCUGGUGGAAGGAGAUCCUGGGAACCAUCAUCUUCUGCAUCGCCGCCACCACCUACAUCGUGCGCAAGUUCUUCCACCCCCCCACCCUGCACAUGAGCAGACAACGAAAGGAGUCUGAAACCCAAUGCCAGACUAACAGUAUGUUGAAGGAGGACGGUGAAGAGCUGAAGGACAGUAAUGGGACAGAAGGGAGGGACAGCGAAUACGUCUCCAGGUACCUGACUGACUUUGAGCCCGUGCAGUGUCUGGGGCGAGGGGGCUUUGGCGUUGUUUUUGAGGCCAGGAACAAGGUAGACGACUGUAACUACGCCAUUAAGAGGAUACGUCUGCCGAACAGGGAGGUGGCCAGAGAGAAAGUGAUGAGGGAGGUGAAGGCGUUGGCAAAGCUGGAGCAUCCCGGGAUCAUUCGCUACUUCAACGCCUGGCAGGAGACCCCGCCAGAGGGCUGGCAGGAAGAGAUGGAUAAAAGGUGGCUGAAGGAUUCCAGUACCACUGAUUGGCUGCUAAGUUCCCCGGAGCAUUUGGAGGCACUGUCAGUAAAGGUGCCUGUCCCAAAGCCCCUUGCCCUGGCCCUGUUCUCCCAGGGCCUGGACUCCACCACUAACACAGAGAGCAAGGAAGCCAGCGAGCUGAACUCCACCACUAACACAGAGAGCAAGGAAGCCAGCGAGCUGAACUCCACCACUAACACAGAGAGCAAGGAAGCUAGUGAGGGCACUGCUGGUCAUGUCCUCCAUGGGCAGGACAGCUUUUUGACGGAGAAUGACAGUCUGGGGGAGCAGGAGCACUCCUUUGAGUUCUGCCCCCUUCGGCUUGGCAACGAGAGGACCACCUCCUCCUUUGACAUAGUCUUCAAGGACUCGGGCUGUGACCACACUUCCAGGUCUGUGGAGCCCGGCGGCCACAGCAUCCUGACUGAGCGCCCCAGCACAGGCUCCCUGACCACCAGCAGCAGCCCCCCGGUCCCCCUCUCCCACGCCCACUCGCCUCCCAGACGCACCAACCUCACCCUGUGCCCGGCCACUGUCCUGACUGAGCGCGAUGCCAAGCUCCCCUCCCCCAAGGUGUUCCUGUACAUCCAGAUGCAGCUGUGCCGCAAGGACAACCUGAAGGACUGGAUGAGCAAGAGGGGCUGCGUGGAGCAGAGGAGCCGCCCGGAGUGUCUGGGGAUCUUCCUGCAGAUUGCUGAGGCUGUGGAGUUCCUGCACAGCAAGGGGCUCAUGCACCGGGACUUGAAGCCCUCAAAUAUCUUCUUCACGAUGGAUGAUGUGGUGAAGGUGGGAGACUUUGGACUGGUGACUGCGAUGGAGCAGGAGGAGGAAGAUGAGGAGGCUGCUGUGCUGACGCCCAUGCCAGCCUAUGCCAGGCACACUGGACAAGUGGGCACCAAGCUGUACAUGAGCCCAGAGCAGCUUUCUGGAAACUCAUACUCUCACAAAGUGGAUAUCUACUCCUUGGGCCUGAUCCUGUUUGAAUUGCUCUGUCCUUUCAGCACCCAGAUGGAAAGAGUUCGGACUUUAACAGAAGUGAGGAACCUCAAAUUUCCUCCAGUGUUCACCCAGAAAAACAUGCAAGAGCAUGAGAUGGUGCAGUGUAUGCUGUCGCUGUGCCCGAGUGAGCGCCCAGAGGCAGAGGAGAUCACAGAGACGCCCCUCUUCCAGGAGUUUGAGGUCCUCAGCAGGCUGGUCCUGAGGCAGCGAUCACGGACAAACAGCUCAGGGAACAGAGACUGUAAGCAGCCCAGCACCUGAAAGGAGUGCCCAGCUUCACACACACCAGGGCCUGUCAGUGCCUCUCCUGAGAGGAGGGGUCAGCUUCACACACACCAGGGCCUGUCAGUCAGUGUCUCUCCUGAGAGGAGAGGCCAGCUUCACACACACCAGGGCCUGUCCGUGUCUCUCCUGAGAGGAGAGGCCAGCUUCACACACACCAGGGCCUGUCAGUGUCUCUCCUGAGAGGAGAGGCCAGCUUCACACACACCAGGGCCUGUCGGUGUCUCUCCUGCUGAGUGCCCAGCUUCACACACACCAGGGCCUGUCAGUGUCUCUCCUGAGGAGGGGUCAGCUUCACACACACCAGGGCUUGUCAGAGUCUCUCCUGAGAGGAGGGGCCAGCUUCACACACACCAGGGCCUGUCAGUGUCUCUCUCCUGGCUUCACACUGCUGGCACUGCUCAUUGGAGGACAAAAGCUCCACACAACCUCCUCUCACUCCUGGGUCUCUCCUGGGUGAAACGGGACCAAGUGGGAAAAAAAACAACAGGCUACUGGAUCAAAUUGUAUUUAACCCAAUUGAAUAGUCCAAACCCAUGUUUCCAUUUGUUUCUUUUGUGACUGCUUGAUACAAAAUCUGAUCCCAUGCAGCUAAAGAAGAGCCCAUUCUGUCUCUGUUUUAAAAAAAUGAGUAAGACAGGUGAACAUAAAGCUUAACUGAAGUUAUUUGACAUUUUAAAAUGAGAACAGAACAGUUAAGUUGUAAUUCCACGUUGAAAUAUAAACCCGAGCUAUUCACAUGCUGCUUCAAUCUCGCAGACCCUUGUGAAGGAUUAGACUGCUUUUCAUUUGGUUCCAGUGAAUGCUCUGUGUCGAAGCCAUGCCUGUUUCAAACACAGUGAUCCAGCGAGUGCUCUGUGUCUAAGCCAUGCCUGGUUCAAACAGUGAUCUAGCGAGUGCUCUGUCGAGCAUGCAGAUGUGUACUUUUGAUCAGGAGGAGUUUUAAUUCAAAAGCAACAUCUUCCUGUAAUUGUUCAGUUUCCACCAGUUACAGACUCCUUAACAUUUUUACAUUUAGCUUAUCCUUGUAUGUGUGUUUUUUUUUUUUUUUUUUUUUAUAAAUGAACACACAUAUACUGUACAAUAUUGUAUUGGUAAAAUGUACAAAUGCUUGUGUAAAACAUCUUCUCAGGUAAACCUGUAUAUUUGCUGUGACACAUCAGCCUUGAAAUUUCAAGCAGGUGUGCCGACUAUCUCCAUACAAUCACAGUCUUGGUUAUAAUAAUGUAGUAAAAAGGUGUUGCAACUGGAUGAACAACGAAGUGGCGUUUUCAUGUAGAACUGUCAUUGCAAAAUGUUGGAGGUUUGAAGAGAUCCGAAUGUCUUUCAUAUUUAAUAUUCUUAUUUCUGCAGCGUUUAUGCAUUCAGAAAAUGCUGUAAAACAUAUACAUUUUCAAUAUAGAAAUCAAGCUCUCAUUCUUAAGUUAUGACGUACAGCCAUGAAAAAACACCCUAACAUUUCAGAGAAAUGUAUGAUAAAGGCAUUAGCCAGUUAAUAAAACAAUUAGGAGCUUCUAUUGUUCACACAAACCUGCUGGACAGAGUGUAAAAGUGAGGAGACAGAAAACUAUAUUUUAAAUGGGUAAGAGUUUCAAACAAACUAAGAAAGAAAACAAGACUGUGUGAACUGAAUACAAAUGGAAUAUUUGAACUGCGUGCUUCGGUUGAAGUUAUUCAUUCAUUACAUACUUUGGCCAGCAGAGGGAACUGUUGUCUCAUCAUUGCCUUGGCUUGAAAAAAAGGACUGAUUUUGUUGCAGGUUCAUCUUUUAUAUAUUUUUUUCAUACUUGUAAAUAAUGAUUGGCUACUUUUUAUAUCUUUAUGAAAUGACAACUUUUAAAAACACUGUACAUACUGUUUGCUCCCAGUGUUGUAUUUGAAUGCAGGUUUCUGAUGUAAUUGGAGAUAAACCAGUGAAAUGAUACUGGGUCAUAAAGAAUUAAAAUAAUGAAGGAUUUGAUCCUAUAGAGCUGCGUGGCAUGUUCGGGAAGGCUUGGGAAGAUUGUUGCUCUGUAGAGCUGGAUGCACCUAUGCCUCCUGUUCUUCAGCUUGUACAUGUUAUUUUAUUUCGAUUUGUAUCGUACUCUGCUGCUCCUGGGGUCUAGCGGUUCAUUCCCAGAUACCUGACUCGAGAGACAGCCCUCGCAACUCAAACUGAGGAAGGAAGUUGCUGUUUUUCUUGGGCAGUUUUGUUCCCAUGCAUGUGACAAGAGAUGAUAUUGAUUCAUUACAAAGAAUCCCCAAAGUGUCCUUUCUGCAUCUAUGCAAAUUCGUUCUUUUUUGUUUUUAAGCACAGUCUAUGGUUUCUGCCUGUUAACGUUGGUAUGUAACUAUACUGUAUAUUUUUGCUUUUAUUUAUGUUGAUGCAUAAUCAACCCAUUUGGAUUGGUGGUAUGAAAUAAUGCACUUCAUGCAAUAAUUGACAAGUGCAUUGAAAUACUGUGCUUCUAAGCUGCCUAAAUUUAAUAAAACUAUUCUAUGACAUUUUUAAAA